AUGAUUAGGAACGAAGUACUACCCCAACCAGCUCCCGAUAAUCCAACUUGUGCAGAAGGAAAUACUAAAAUCGCGAAGGACUGUUGUCGCUUACCAUCGUUAGUGGACCAAACCAUAAUAAAUCGUUGUGCCACAGAAAAUCCAACAAUUGCCCCCGCUCCAAGUGUUAGGAGAACGGAAGGAUGUUGCAUCGCUCAGUGUGUUCUGAUAACACUAAAUGCGUUCAAUAAUAAUACAAUUGAUCGAACGACCCUAAAAAAUGUGCUUUGGAAGGCCGCAGGUUUGGAUCGAAACUUUGGCCCGCUGCUUAAUAAUACUAUCGACGAGUGCUUCACUGUAAUUCAAAAUAAUCCCGCAUUUACCGCAACCCCAGUGCCUUCAGUGCCGGGUAGAUCUGGCUGCAGCUUCCUUCCGGAAGGAUUUUUCAACUGCGUCAAAUCAUCGUUAUUUCAGCACUGUCCAGCAGCUGUGUGGAACGACAAUGCUGAGUGUAGACAACUAAAGCAAAAGUUAUCUACGGGAUGUUCGUUUAGUUCGCUGAUGGGAUAA